AUAAGAAGAGGAGGGCAUAACUCUUAUUUUUCUUCAGAAGUUGUAGAGGGUAGGCAUGGAAAGCUUGGAUCAGAGGCUGGUCUCAACUUGGUCUCAUGAUCAUUCCUCGGUGCCCCUAUCUUAUGUUCAACCCCUGGAAAGCAGGCCUGGCUCUAAGGUCACGAACCAUAAUUCAUGUAAAACAAUUCCUGUGAUUGAUCUUGGAGGACACAAUGAUCGUGCUCAUACCACAAAACAGAUUCUGAAAGCCUCCGAGGACUAUGGUUUUUUCCAGGUGAUCAACCAUAGAGUUUCCAAGGAUUUAAUGGAUGAAGCGUUGAACAUUUUUAAAGAAUUCCACGCCAUGCCUCCCAAGGAGAAGGUAAAUGAAUGUUCUAAGGACCCAAAUGGAAGGUGCAAGCUCUAUACAAGUAGUGAGAAUUACAAGAUAGAUGCGGUUCAAUAUUGGAAGGACACAUUAUCACACCCUUGUCCUUCAUCGGGGGAUCACAUGAAGUAUUGGCCUGAGAAACCAACCAAAUACCGUGAAGUGGUUGGAAAAUAUACACAAGAAUUGAGGAAGCUUGCACUUGAAAUCUUGGAGCUAUUUUGUGAAGGGUUAGGGCUUAACCCACGUUAUUUCUGUGGUGGGCUUAGUGGGAGUCCACAUGUGCUAGUGCAUCACUACCCUCCAUGCCCUGAGCCAAGCUUAACCUUGGGCUUAGCCAAGCACAGGGACCCUACCGUUAUCACCAUUCUGCUUCAAGACCAGCUGGUUCAGGGACUUCAAGUCCUCAAGGAUGGGGAAUGGCUUGGAGUUGAGCCUCUUCCCAAUGCUUUUGUGGUUAACAUUGGUCUACUCUUACAGAUAAUCAGUAAUGGAAGGCUGGUUGGUGCGGAACACCGGGUUGUGACGAAUUUGACAACAGCGCGCACAAGUGUUGCCUAUUUCAUCUAUCCAUCAAUGGAAAGCAUCAUAGAACCUGCACAAUGUUUGAUGAAUGAAACUACUCUGCCAGUGUACAAAUCCAUGACAUUUGGAGAGUUUCGUAGACAAUUCUUUGAGAAGGGCCCCAAGAUUGAAGAAGAAUUGCAGAAGCAGGAUUUGAUGAAUAACAUAAUAUUCCUUUUUCUCUCAACCCCAACUUCUCCUCUGACCACUGUAACCAAAUCACCAACCUCCGGCAAGCUUCCCCUUCUUUAGCCAAGAGCCCAAGAUCAAAAUCCAUCAUCAACAGCAAAUUGCGCCAAGAUCCUGGGAGUUACACCGUACUGGUUCCACCAAACUGCGCCAUCAUCGUCGGUGGCACAAGAGAAGGUUGCUGUAAUGCAGUGUCUCUUUGGGUGGCGACGCACCUCCUCUGUCGCUCCUCUCUUCCACCAAAAUUCCAGCACCGGCAACUGGCGCAACCACCUUUAUCGAAACCCAGGUCCCAAUCAAAACCACAUCGCCCAAACCACCAUCCAAACCACAUCAACCUUCCAUGGAGCUUUUUGAUUUCCAAUUUUUGAAAUCUCAACGUUUCCUAUUAAUCAAGAGAAGCCCCAAUAUGAUAAAGUGAUUGAAGCUCCUGAAGAUCUGUAAUCAUCGAGAUGAACAGCGGCGAGCUUGCAGGCAAUCAAGUGCAGGGGCUUUUAAGUCAUUUAUUUAUUAAAUUUUAAAUAUAUUAAAAAUCUGAAUUAUUUCUCAUUCCCUCAGUGACACGUGUUAUGUUAAAAAAAAAGAAGCUUGCUGGACCUUGUCUUGCGUAUUGAUUGCUGGCUGAUUAAGUUUUCUUGACUUCAAUUUUUCCUAUUAA